AUGUCCUCAAUUGCUAACAACCUCCUUGGUGACACCACCUCCUAUACGGGCUCUUUGGCUUCGUCCUACUACGCUGCCCUCAACUCUUUCUAUGGCCAGCCUGACGUUGCCUCGGCUCUUUCUGCUGUGCGUACUCUUACCUCAGACACUUCUGCCUACAACGACUGGGUCACUUCGUUCUUCGGCGCCUACGCUGACGAUUACUCCUCCAUCCAGUCUCAGUACGCUGAUGUGUUCACCCAGAACGCCAUGGAGACCGGCACUGUGUCUAUUCCUUCUGUUGACGAGAGCGACUUGUCUAGCUUGGUUGGCAGCAUCACUUCUGCAGGCAAUGCCGAGUCCGUUGCUUCUACCCUCGCUUCUGCUGGCAAGAACGCCACUUCUUCGAAGUCGAGCUCUGGCUCUGGCUCUAACUCUGGCUCUGGCUCUGGUUCCGGCUCCAAAUCUGGUUCUGAAUCCAAGUCUGGUUCUGCCUCUGGUUCCAAGUCGGGCUCUAGCUCGAAAUCUGGCUCUGCCUCGGCUUCUGAGGGCUCUGGUAGCUCCACCAGCUCGGGCAACUUGGGUGCCAAGUCCGGCUCUUACAUGGCCGCUGGUGGUGUCGCCGGUGCCGUUGCUCUUGCCUUGUUGUAA